AUGGACAUCGACCGGGACGUCACGGCGUUCUUGUCUGCUGAGCAGCAGAAGGUGCCAGCGCAAUUGCGGGACUAUUACGUCCGGUUUAUUGAUCUUUACGACAAGAAGCUAUGGCAUCAGUUGACGUUAGCCCUGGAGGCGUUCAUUGCCCAACCGGGGUCUGGGCCACACCUGAUUCCCUUGUACGAGCACUUCAUUAUCGAUUGGGAGAAGAAGAUGAACAAGCUGAGUCUGGUGAAAUUCCUGACGAAAGCCAGCAGAGAAUUGAAGGAUUCGAAGGCCGCACUGGAGUUCCUCGACCGCCAAGUUGAAAAGCUGAAGGACAAACCAGAGAGCCGCGAUGCGUACACUCUGGCGCGCAUGGAGGCAGCGUGGUACAAGUUGGUUGCAGAAGAUUUGGAAGGAUGUAAAACCGCCAUCGAUGAAUGCGAGAAGAUUUUGGACGACUUGCCUGGAACGGAGCCUGUCAUAAAUGCUAGCUUCUACCGCGUUGCUGCCGCUUACUACAAGGCGAAGGCGCAGUAUCCCCAGUAUUACCACAACGCGCUACUCUACUUGUCGUCCAUCUCCUUGGACGAACUGAGCCCGAUCGACAAGCAGGAGAGGGCGUAUGAACUUGCUAUCAGUGCGCUGCUUGGAGAGGGCCUGUACAACUUUGGAGAAUUGCUGCAACAUUCCAUCCUGGACUCUCUCAAGGGCACCACCUACGGCUGGCUCCGAGACAUGCUCUUCUGCUUCAACAGCGGCGACAUGGACGCAUUCGACAAACUGAGCCGCAGCGGUGACUUCCUGAAACAGCCCCUCCUAGUAAAUUCCGUCCCGUUCCUCCGCCAAAAGCUGUGCCUCAUGACCCUGAUAGAAGCAGUCUUCAAGCGCAGCAAAGAGUCCAGGGGCCGCAUGACCUUUGGCGAGAUCUCGAAAGAGACGAGGGUGCUGAAUGAGGAGGCUGAGCAUUUGGUUAUGAAGGCGUUGAGUUUGGGACUGAUCAAGGGGAAGAUUGAUGAGGUUGAUCAGGUGGUUAUGGUCACUUGGGUCCAACCCCGCGUCCUGGACAGGAAUCAGAUUGAGAGCAUCCGUGACCGUCUUACGGACUGGUCUGCCAAAGUCCGGGAGCGGGUGCUGAUUUCCGAGGAAGGCGCGGCGGACAUGUUUGCUCAAUAG